AUGCUCAAAUCCAAGGCUAAGACGGCUAAACAGCAGCAGCAACAAACAGCUGCCAAUUCUAAAAAUGCUGACUCGGUUCUCACGCCUAAGGAACAGUCAAAUUUCCGUGGCGCAAUCAAGCUCUACGAGGCCAAGCAAUACAAGAAGGGUUUCAAAUCUGUCGAUGCCAUUCUCAAGAAGCAUCCAAAGAAUGCCGACUCCCUUGCCCUGAAGGGUCUUUUUCUGAAUCACUUGGAACGUGAUUCUGAAGCUGACGACCAGUUCUCUGCUGCAUUUGCUAGCAGCGCGAGUUCCCCCAUGGCUUGGCAAUUUUACGGUAUUUGCCUGCGUAACAGAAAAAAUUAUCCCGAAGCUACAAAAGCUUUUUCUAAAAGUCUUCAGCUUGAUCCGGAAAACUAUUCUCUUAUUCGCGAUCUUUCUUCUCUUUAUGUCCAGUCUCGCCAGUACCCUGAAGCUGCUGUCAUUCGCCACAAGCUUCUUCAAAAAAACCCUGAUUAUCGUCCAUACUGGACUGGUCUGGCUGUGGUCCAGUACCUUUCUGGUAACCCCGCUGCUGCUGAAUCAACUCUUUCUAAGUUCGAAUCAUUGAUCAAGAUUCAGCUUCCCAAGACUGACUUGGAGAACUCGGAAUCUCUUCUUUUUCACAAUUUGGCUAUCUACAAACAAGGCGAUGUACAGCGCGCUCUCGACCAUCUUGAAACUAUUGCUGAUAAAACAGGUGAUCCUCUUGCUAUUAUGGAAUCCCGUGCAAAGUAUCUCCUAGAGCUUGGACGCUUUAAAGAAGCUGAACGUGAAUACCGUGCUCUUAUUAAGAGAAACCCUGAUGAUCCUAAGUACUACCCGAAGCUUGAACAGGCCCUUCAGAUUGAUCCUGAAAAUAUCACUCUCCGUAAGCUUCUGUACAGAAACUUGGCUCUCAAAUAUCCCCGUGCUGAUGUCCCCAGCUACACUGGUCUUGAAUUGAGUUUUGGUGAAGAAUUCAAGUCUGUUCUUACUAAGUACUUGCGCGAAAAAAUUCUUCGUGGUGUCCCUUCUACUUUUGUUCUUGUCAAGGCUCUUUAUCAUGAUUCUGAAAAGAAACAAAUUAUUGAAGAAGUUAUCUUUGCUCUUGAAAAAGAAUUUUCCGGUGAGUCUGCCACCAAUACCACUGCUAUUCUUUGGACCAAUUACUUCAUUUGUCAGCACUAUGACCUUGUGGGCAAUUUUGAGAAAGCUCUCGAGUAUCUGGAAAAAUGUAUUCAGCAAUCUUCUGAUACUGUCGAAUUUUCUCUUACUAAGGGUCGUAUUUUGAAGCAUGCCGGUGAUCUCACUAAUGCUGCUCGUGUUAUUAACGCUGCGCGUAAGACCGACCUAAGUGACCGUUACACCAACACUAAGACUGUUAAGUACCUGCUUCGAGCAAAUGAUUAUGUUGAAGCGGUUGUUACUGAAAGUAUUUUCACUCAUAAUGAUUCUCACAAUGUGGGUCUGCGAGAUGUAGUUUUCAUUCAAACCCUUUGGGCUUUGAUUGAACAUGCCGAGUUGCUUGCUCGCCGUGGCGAUGAUAGUUUUGCUCUCAAGCGUUUCGAUGAUAUUUUCAAAACAUUUUUUGAAAUUUACACUGAUGAAUUUGACUUUCACGGAUUUUCAAUGCGCAAGGGUACUGUGCGCGCCUAUUUGGAUAUGAUUGACUUCACAAGCCGUGUCUACGCCCAUCCUACCUAUCUGCGCGCUCUUACUGGUGCAGCCAAAAUCUACUUUAAGAUUCAUGACCAGCAGGUUGCUCAUACUUUGCAGGAACACAAAAUUGAGACUCUCUCUGAUGCUACUUCCAAGCAAACUGCUGAGGAAGCUCUCAAGGCUCAAGACGAUGCUGCCGAAAAAUCUCUUGCUGACAAGAAAGCCAAACUGGAAGAAGAAUUAGAGCUUAUUCAAAAGCUUUGCACUGAAGCUGCCGACGCUCGUCAUGCUCUUUCUACUCCUAAACCCAAUGACCUUCAUAAAAAUGUCAAGCCAGAUCCUGAUACUUUUGGCUUUGGUCUUCUCGAAACGAAGGAGCCACUUGAGGUUCUUUUCAAGCACUGGAAGCCACUCAGUGAACAGGCUCCUGAGCAUCUCUCUACCUGGGAGCUUGGCUUUGAAAUCUACUUGCGUCAGCAUAAGUAUGUUUUGGCCAUGCAGGUUAUUUCUUCUAAAAUCAAGGGUGUUACUGACACUGUUGUACCUGACUAUUGGGUUGCUCAACGUGCAUUGCGCCUACGUGCCGUAAUUGAAUCUGAAGAAGAAAACAUUGUCAACCCGCCUCCUCCUGCCAUCAAAGUUCUUGUUGGUCGCACACUCCCAACCAUCUAUCCUGGUCUCAAGGAUGCUCAAGAUUUGACUGCCUUUUAUAACGAAAAGGUUCUUAGUAACGAGGCUACUGAUAGUGCAGACCGUGUUUUUGACUGGAUUGAGGGGCUUAAGACCUUGGUAAAAGAUUCAGUUGCUUAUCGCAAGCUCGUUGAACCUGUUUUGUUUAAGCUUGGUUUUAGCGACAUUAAGACUGUUUUUAAGAGUGUUGCUAUUCUCAAGGACAUUGAUAGCCCUAAGUAUGAAGAGUAUGUGCAAGCUGCAAAAAAGGAGUGGCCUUUGGCUACUGCCUUUUAA